GUCUUCGCCUUCGCCGCCCCAGAGUCGUGCAAGAUCCUCAGCUGCAUCGAGGUCAUUGCUGAGGCUGUGUGCAUCACCGCGGCCAUCGAGAAGGACGACUGGGCGGGCAUCAUCAAGUGCGCCAAGAAGAAGGAGCUCUGCGGAUGCGCUGGCUGCUACAGCAAGCUUGGCGACUUUCUCGAGAAAUACGGAAUUUGCUGA